CAUUAUUUGAUAAUGAUUUAUAAAUAUUUCAUUAUGCAUAUAUGUAUGUAGUUUGAUCACAUGAAAAUUUGACCACAGAAACAAAAUUUCUACUACACGCCAUUUUUAGAAGUAGAAGUUAAGGUUAUGUGGUAUUAGAUGUACGUAAAUUCAUGAAUAGGACAAAAAAAAGAUAAUACAGUGUAAUAAAAUGGAAAUACAGAUUUGUAAAACAAGAUCAAUAAGAUUUUAAAAGAAAUUGAAAUAUUUUAAAAUAUUCUUUUGCUUUCAAAAAUGCUUCAAUCAUCCUGUUUACAAAUAUUAAGGUUUCAAAUAUGUCGGAUGUCACAAUUUGCAUUUGUACCUGUAUGCAAUCCUGUUGAAGAAGAAGAUGUACUACAAUUAAGAAACUUUAUUGAAAAAUACAAUAAUAUAUGUGUCUUAACUGGUGCUGGAGUUUCCACUGAAAGUGGAAUUCCAGAUUAUAGAUCAGCAGGUGUGGGUAUUUAUGCUAGAAGCAGUCGAAGACCAGUUCUUUACAAAGAUUUUUGUUCAAAUGAAUUUAUUAGAAAACGAUACUGGGCACGAAAUUAUGUAGGAUGGCCUAGAUUUUCAACAUUUGAACCGAAUGACACCCAUAAAGUAUUAAAAAAUCUUGAAGAAAUUGGUAAGGUGUCAUGUGUCGUUACACAGAAUGUAGAUAAUUUACAUACAAAAGCUGGAAAUAGAAAUGUGAUAGAACUUCACGGUACAGCAUUUCGAGUAAUGUGUCUUAACUGUGAUCAUAAAAUAGAACGAGCUAACUUUCAAAAUAUUCUUAAAAAACUCAAUCCGCUUUUAAAUAGUCAUAUUGAAAUGAUAAGACCUGAUGGAGACGUAGAUUUAACUCAGGAGGAAACCAAAGGGUUUAUUGUUCCACCAUGUGAAAAUUGCGGUGGCAUAUUGAAACCAGACAUAGUGUUUUUUGGAGAUAAUGUACCUCGCUGUGUUGUAGAAAAUGUUAAAAAUAUAGUAGAGGAAUCAAGUUCAUUAUUAAUUCUUGGAACUUCUUUAAGUACAUUCUCUGGUUAUAGAAUUGUACUUCAAGCUUUAGAUGCUAAAAAGUCUAUAAUGUUAGUAAAUAUUGGUAAAACUAGAGCUGACAAUGACGUACAUAUUAAAAUAGAAGGAAGAUGCGGAGAUGUACUUCCUAAGGCUUUUAGGCUCUAAGGUAGAUUUAAUGAUUUCUUUGUAGAAAAUAAAAUAUGAUUUUAAAUGUAUUUGUAUAAUACAUGUGUAUACAAAACAAGAAAA